AUGACAAACGCCCACCUUGCUACCUCUUACGUCACCAACUCUGUUAAACCGUUGCCUCAACCGGCUCCUGAUGUCAUCAACGACAUUAGAGCCACCAAAUUUGACGCUUCGAAGUUGUUCCGUCUUGAUGGACAGGUGGCGGUCAUCACUGGAUCUGGCAGAGGUUUAGGCAGAGCUAUUGCAGAAUGUUACGCAUCCGUGGGAGCAACCAUCAUUCUUUGGGAUUAUGAAAACCCAACAGAAGCUGCCAAAGAGAUCUCUGAGAAGUACGGGGUGAAGUGUUUAAGCGUUGGAUGCGAUGUCAGCAACUCCAAGAAUGUCGAAGAGGCAAUAGACAAAAUUUCCCAGCAGUUCAACGGCAAAAUCGACAUUUUUGUCGCCAAUGCCGGUGUAGCAUGGCAGUCAGGAUCUAUUCUCAACUCUGAGAACCAAGAUGACAAGAACUGGCACCGUGUCAUGAACGUGGACUUGAACGGUGUUUACUAUUGUUGCAAGAACAUCGGCAAGGUAUUCAAAGCCAACAACAGCGGAUCAUUGAUCAUCACAGCAUCUAUGUCUGGCUCGAUUGUCAACGUUCCAAAUUAUCAGGCUCCAUACAAUGCCGCCAAAUCUGCCUGUAUACAUUUGGCAAAAUCGCUGGCUGUGGAGUUCACCGAGUUCAACGCACGCGUCAACUCGAUUUCUCCGGGAUAUCUGGAUACUGGAUUAUCGGACUUCUUACCGGUAGAAAUCAGAAGUAGAUGGUGGUCUUUGAUCCCCAUGGGUAGGGAAGCGUUCCCAGAGGAAAUCGCUAGUGCUUACCUCUACUUGGCCAGUAAUGCCUCCACUUACACCACAGGCACCAAUUUGGUAGUGGAUGGUGGUUACUCCGUCGUGUAG